UGGCUGCUAUUCGACAAGACAGCCCCACAGGCUCAGCACGAAUUUCCACGACAUUCACUUACAGCAGAGUUAAGGAGAUUACGGGUCUUAACCUGCCAGCUCUCCAUCGUGCCCACUCUGCAGGCGACGUGCACCUGUGCUCAGGCAAGCUUCCCAGCUGGAGACAGCCAUUCUCAAGCACGGAAUACAAGCUGGUGGUCCUACACCCGAACCACUGUCUUCCCAUCGGCAGCACCCUGGCCAUACACACUCAGGAUCCUAACAAUCCUGUCCACUUGGUCGGAAAGUUAUAUAUGGCGAGUAUGGAUGAGGCUUUGCGCGAGACAUCGGGUGACCACUCUCCAUGGUUUCCCGCCUUUUGUGUCACCUGCUGUCUUGCACAGAAGCACUGUGACUGCCUCAACCCAUUCCUCGUCGUUCUCGACGCCACCAUGGCAUUCUGGCGAUACAUGAAGUCCACCUCCCUGCGCCCCGCGCCUCUAUGCACGGACUAUCGGGACCUCAUCGGCUUGACCCUUGCACUCGCAGACAAGAUACACUACAAGCCUGUUAUCCCAGUCGCUCUGCAAGCGUCUUCAGAUGCUCGUCAACGUGUGGUUAUGAAGAAGGCCACCGGAAGCUGCGAAAAACAAUGAA